AAAGUUUUGCGGUAUCAUAUCUCUUUGUCUUCCUCGUUACAAUUUGCUGGCUAUUAAACUAUACUUUUAAUAUUAGUCUAGCUUAUUUAUCUUCAUAUCUUUUACUUGACUAAGAGGGAGGAUGAGUGACAACACUAAUAACUUACUAGUUAGUGUCUCUGGGAGCAGCCAUGUCGCCAGUGGAGGUUCUCCCCCAGAUGGACCGCUCGGACAAGAUCAUGACGGGAAGGAAGGAGAGGCGGCCGAGGAGAACAUGGAGACCCAAGACAUGGCCGGGGAGGGACGCGCCAUAGAAGGUGAAAACGUCCCAGAUAAUGUCCGUGUAGUUAUCCGUAGCCUGAUAGAGCACUACGAGUUGUCGAAGGACCAGCUAUCAGCCAUGUAUGAUGAAUUCGCCAAAUCAAAAGACAGGGAGGAAGACAUGAGACUCACUCAAGGAGGAGAGGGCGAGGGCGAUGGUCUUAGCCGAAGGUUACACAUUGCGGAGGAGCCUUCACUGGCUCGUGUCAUGGUGUCCGUGGGUUCCGAAGAUGGAGAGAACCCGAUUGGCCUACAGGCGGGGGCCGGGGAGGGAGAGACAGACCAACAACUUCAUGGUGAAGUGAACAGGCUUCAGAGUGUAGUCCAGUCGGCAAUGGAGACAUAUGUAUCUUCCCCAGUCGUUGCUAACUCCUCCACUCGGUCCUCAUUGUCUCUCUCUGAUGAUCCCUUACCAUCAACUUUUGCCCGUGAACUUUUACAGAGAGAUCAAUCUCUUGUAGCUCAAGCAAUAAGGAAGUACCUACACCAAUACUCCAUACCACAGAGAGAGGUUGUCGAGAAGACGGGCAUUAAUCAGAGUCAUCUCUCCCAGCACUUCACUCGUGGGGUACCAAUAAAACCGGCUAAACGUGUCAAGCUCUAUCACUGGUUUGAACAAGACCAGCUACAGAGAACCGGAAAGCUUCUGACUGCUGAUGGUAGUUUGACUAGUGUUCUUGAGAGUCCUAAAGUUGAGGGAUAUCGUAGGAGACCACGCUGGCGCUGGUCACCUGUAGCUACACAGAUACUUACUGAAGCCUUUAAGAAGAAUCGUUUCCCUACUCGUGAGCAGCGUCUUGAGUUGUCACGAAUAUGCUGUGAAGCUGAGUCAGCAAUGAACAACGGGGAGCCUCUUCAGGUGCAAGGUGCAUCAGGAGAUUCUGAGGGUAUCACAGAGCAAAGGAUCAACACCUGGUUCACUAACAGGAGGAAAGGGCUAGUCAGUCCAUCACCAACCACUGAUUCAUUUAGCUCCUUGUCAGGACUAUCUAUCCUUCAGUCUCCUAACACUCUCACGUCAACUCCAUCGUUUGACGCAUCCGCCUCAGACCUCUCCCUCUCCUCCAGUGCUGCUACUCCAACUCGUACCCAGACUGCCACCGUCUCUCCUCUCACUAUCCCCAUCAAUCUUACCAGCACUCCCUCUGUCUCUCUCGGGGCCGGAGGAAACAGCACUGACACUAUCUCACUCACAACUCCCCUUGCUCUCAGCCCUGCCAACUUACAGGCUUUGCUAAGCCAGCUGCAAGUACAGUCAAAUGUUGCGCCCAUUUUAGCUCAGAGUCUUGGUCAGAUACUAGUUGGGCAGUUGCCUCAGGGACUUUUGGUUCAGUCUCCCAGUGGAGGAGGGGCAGGGAGCAAUGGGUCUGGGCCUGCUACGGUUAGUCUUGAGUCGAUUACUAAGCAGCUUCAAGUAGUUGAUUCUUUAAACACUGGCAAUGAGGCUACUCCAGAAUCUGGAGAUAACGAAGGAGGUGUUGUAUCAGGAGAGACUAAUUCUCUUGCUGUAGAAGAAAUCAUUGCUAACACUGCUGAGCCAUCAGCAAUAAACAGCAGACAAAAUUAAAGAGAUACUCUAAAACACUCUUCAUAGAUACCAUAGUAUCUAUGGGCAAUGUGAAUUAACUAUACAAGGAUUUGUGUGUGUGUGCAUAUCAUAUUUGUUUGGAUACCCUUUUGUACGUGUUUUUGUGUUGUUAAUCAUAAUAGUUUCUCUCCCCUUUUUUUCCUAUCGUUUCAUAUUGUAACUUCA